GCCCCUUCCCGCCGCUCGGCCGCCUGGCCCCCAGGCCCGCCAGCCGCGGGCGCUCUGCCGGCUCCCAGUCGGCGGCCCCGGGCGCGGAGCGCAGGAUGCACUGCUUCGGCGCCGAGUACCAGGUUUCUGCAGAGAGAACCCCCAGGGAAAGAGAGUGGCGACCUCAGAUUUAUAGGAAAUGCACAGAUACGAUAUGGUUAUCCCUGUUCUUUCUCUUUUGGACUGGUUUGGUGUUCAUCAUGGGCUACUCGGUGGCGGCGGGAGCCACGGGAAGACUCCUCUUCGGCUAUGACAGCUUUGGCAACGUGUGUGGCAAGAAGAACUCCCCAGUAGAAGGAGCCCCUCUUUCAGGGCAGGACAUGACCCUAAAAAAACACGUGUUCUUUAUGAAUUCCUGCAACCUGGAGGUGAAAGAUGUGAGGCUCAGUUCCACUGUCCUCUGUGUGUCCAGCUGUCCUGAAGAGCAGCUUGAUACCCUGGAAGAGGUUCAGCUCUUUGCAAACAACAGUGGGUCCUUCCUGUGUGUUUAUAGCUUGAAUUCCUUCAACUACACCCAGAAUCCAAAUGCAGGCUCCUUGUGCCCCAGUCUGCCAGUCCCUCCAAGCAAGCCUUUUCCUUUGUUUAACCGGUGCAUCCCUCAAACGCCUGAGUGCUACUCCGUGUUUGCCUCUGUUUUGAUAAAUGAUGUGGACGCCCUUCAUCGAAUCCUAAGUGGAAUAAUGUCAGGAAGAGACACAAUCCUUGGCCUGUGUAUCCUCGCAUUAGCCUUGUCUCUGGCCGUGAUGUUCACCUUCCGAUUCGUUACCACCCUUCUCGUUCACAUUUUCAUAGCCCUGGUUGUUUUAGGAUUGCUGUUUGUCUGCGGUGUCUUAUGGUGGCUGUAUUACGACUAUACCUAUGACCUCAGCAUAGAAUUGGACACAGAAAGGGAAAAUAUGGAGUGUUUGCUGGGGUUUGCCAUUGUAUCCACAGUCGUCACGGCAGUUCUGCUCGUCUUGAUUUUUGUCCUCAGAAAGAGAAUAAAAUUGACAGUUGAACUUUUCCGAGUCAUAAAUAAAGCCAUCGGCAGCUCUCCUUUCCUGCUGUUCCAGCCACUGUGGACAUUUGCCAUCCUCAUUUUCUUCUGGGUCCUUUGGGUGGCUGUGCUCCUGAGCCUGGGAACUGCAGGAGCUGCCCAGGUUAUCGAAGGCGGCCAAGUGGAGUACAAGCCUCUUUCUGGCAUUCGGUAUAUGUGGUGGUACCAUUUGAUUGGCCUCAUCUGGACCAGCGAAUUCAUCCUGGCGUGCCAACAGAUGACUAUAGCUGGGGCGGUGGCUACUUGUUAUUUCAACAGAAAUAAAAAUGACCCUCCUGAUCGACCAAUCCUUUCAUCUCUCUCCGUACUUUUCUGCUACCAUCUAGGAACAGUUGUAAAAGGGUCAUUUGUAAUCACCAUGGUGAGGAUUCCAAGAACCGUUCUCGUGUACAUGUGUAACGCUCUGAAAGAGAAGCAGCGUAGUGUGUGGUCGAGAUACGUGUUCAGAUGCUGCUUCUGCUGUUUCUGGUGUCUUGACAGGUGCCUGCGCCAUCUCAACCAGAAUGCAUACACUACAACUGCCAUUAAUGCCACAGAUUUUUGCGCAUCAGCAAAAGAUGCACUCAAACUCUUGUCCAAGAAUUCAAGUCAUUUUACAUCUGUUAACCGCUUUGGAGACUUCAUAAUCUUUCUAGGAAAGGUGUUAGUGGUGUGUUUCACUGUUUUUGGAGGACUGAUGGCGUUUAACUACAACCGUGCACUCCAGGUGUGGGCAAUCCCUCUGCUAUUGGUUGCUUUUUUGGCCUACUUAGUAGCCCAUAGUUUUUUAUCUGUAUUUGAAACUGUGCUGGAUGCACUUUUCCUGUGUUUUACUGUUGAUCUGGAAACAAAUGAUGGAUCAUCAGAAAAGCCCUACUUUAUGGACCAGGAGUUUUUGAGUUUUGUAACAAGGAUCAACAAAUUAAACGACCCAAGGGCACAGAAAGACAAGAACUCCUUAAGGAAGGAGGAGGGAACCGAACUCCGGCCCAUUGUCCGGCCCACUGUGAGAUAAACAUUAGGAGUGCCAAUCUGGCUUAUUUGGCAGGACAAGCAGUGCAAGAGAAGGCUUCCCUGAGCCCCCUCUCCACAGAUGGCAAGAAACAGCAUGUCUGCUCAGAACAACUUCAGCAAAUGCAAAUUGCGACCUUUUCCUUAAACAGCACCAUUGAAUCAGUGGCGCUCCUGACAGUCUCCUUGAGGAAAAGGAUUUACAGAGCAGUUUCUGGGGAGCAUUAAAUGGUCAUUGUGGCAUGAGGAGCAGGUAGCCUGCGCUCUUGUGGGUGCAUCAAACCCCAUGUCUGUCCUCAUUAUCAGCCUCAGCAAAAACCAAGAAGCCACAUUCCACCAAAGCCUCACAGAGCCAAUACUAUCAGCGGAAAUCACUUGGCUGAGAAAAUGUCAGAAAGUUUGUCACCAAUUUUCUUUCAGUGAUUGGAAUUUUUGGUCGUUUGACCUUCUCUAUGUCAUGACUGAAGGUUAGGUUUUGCUAACACUUCAUACUAUAAAUCCUAGUUUACUGUCAAACAGCAUAGUCUCCUCCUGAUCCAGUAUGUUUCUCAGUAAUAUUUAUUCACCCUAGAAGAUGAAUAGAAAAUCCCUCCAACCUGUCCCACCAAGGUUCCUGAAGACUUUAGGAUUAUUCCACGUCGGGUUUAGGAUGACUCUGGGGCAGCUCAGUCACAAUGGAAUAAGCAAGGAUCAAAUACUGAUUUGAACCCUGCUGUCAUUUACGACAUGCAACGGGCAGGUCCCUUCGUUUUCCUAAGCCUCAGUCUCAAGCACAGAGUGCAGUUACGGGAGUUCAGUAAUGUUAAAAUACCUUAGAGCAGUACCUGGAAAGAGUACUUAAAAAAAAAUCUGACUCUACCUAGCUGGAAGUUAGCCAGAAAAUAAUCAGCCUGUGGCUCAUAUAAAUGUUCAAAAAAAAUAUUUAUUUAUAAAAAAUACAAUGGGAUAAGUUUAUGCUGAGAAAUGCAGCAAUAAAUACAGUUGAAGAAAACAGA